UGGAGCCAUGUGUUGAUGAUUGCAUGAGCAACUCCAUGCACAACAUUUACUACAUCUUCUCUUUUUAAACUCUAACUUCCGUCCAUUUUCUUGCUUGCUUAUCUUUUUUAAGGUUUAGCAGAGUCUCAAAAUAGUAACAGUAAUGGACAUUAAUUGCAUUAAUUCUACUACUACUGCACCAGAUACUUACUUCCCCGUCGACGAUCUUCUUGAUUUCUCCAACGAUGAUCUCUCCGCCUCCAAUUCUACCUCCACCUCCUCCCCCGCCGCUGAUCACCAACACCACCUUCCUCCGCCACUAAAUCCCUCCUCCUUCUCCGCUCCUUUUAAUCAUUCUCUCGCUAAUGACGACUUCACCAAUCAUCUCUUUAUUCCUAGUGAUGAUGCAGCUGAGUUAGAGUGGCUAUCGCGAUUCGUAGACGACUCAUUCAUCGAUUUUCCAUCCAACUCACUCACCGGCACCAUUAACCUCCGAUCCGACACGCCGUUUUCCGGCAAAGCACGUAGCAAAAGGUCAAGAGCAAUAGGCGCAGGCACAGCAACUGCUAUUACAAUGACAUGGUCAUCUUCUUUGCCGGAAACCGCAACUUCAAAAUCAAAGAAGGGAACAAGUAACAGAUCAUCGUCGCCGAUAACUGACGGAGGAAUUAGGAGGUGCAGUCACUGUGCUUCAGAGAAGACUCCGCAAUGGCGCACUGGUCCACUUGGUCCUAAAACGCUGUGUAAUGCGUGUGGAGUAAGGUAUAAAUCGGGUCGGUUAGUACCCGAGUACAGACCUGCAGCUAGCCCGACGUUUGUGCUGACUCAGCAUUCCAACUCACACCGUAAGGUUUUGGAGCUCCGGAGGCAGAAGGAGAUGUUUGUACAGCAGCAAGAGGAUCCACGUAUCUAUCACCGUCAUCACCCGCAGCAACAUGAUUUUGAAGUUUGCUAAAUAUAAAUUCAUAAUCAGUUGUUAAUUGGAUAUUAAUUACAUUUAACUUUGGGUUAAUUAUGUUUUGUGACGCUACUAAACUUUUGUUUUGUUUUAGCUGAUUAGAUUCUAAUUGAGGAAAGCAUAUGUUCUUCUACUGAUUAAAGAUUUUGAACUACUGUUUUUUUAUCA